UAUCUCCAGCAACAGCACAGAGUCGCCAUGAAGCUGCUUUGUGUUUGUGGCUUGUUUUAAUUUGCUCGCUCAUUUUCAACUAGACUUCACUCCUUAGAGAUUCGUCCAAUUCACAGCUGAAAAUGUACUGCACCUGGCUCCCUGAGAAUUAUGGCGUUUCCAUAUAAAACAUCAGUGUGGGCAGCGCUUUACAUCCUUUGACGCCAAGAGACACCUUCCAGCAAGCCCCUGACACAAACAGGAACGUCUGAGGGCAGAAAUUAGCAAACUCUCUCAUGGAGAGUCAGGCACAUUACGAUUCUAUCCUGGACCGAAGCAAACGCAUUACGUGGCAGGACGACUGCUACGUGGAUCUUCAGUCUGCGUCCUGCUCCCUCUCCUCACAAGCAGAAACAGAAGAUCUUGGCUGGAUCCAAAAGCAUCAAGACCAGCUGCGACGCUUCAGUACGACUUCCUUCCUGGAGGUGAUGUUAACGCACCUGAGAAAGGUGGAUGUGCUGAGCUCGGCUGAGGAAACUAAGAUCAAGGAAGAGGGCCGGCUGCGGGACCAGGCUAACAUGCUCACAACUAUUGUCGCAGGCAAGGACACUCAAGGAUCUGAUGUCCUCCGGGGCUUCAUAGAGAGCUCAGAUUCACCGGUGGCUCGUCUCAUCAUAAACCAUGAUGCCAUGGUGAAGGAGCACAAGGACAUGCUGUUACGACGGUAUGAGCAGUACAGAGAGAGAGACUCGGUCAGCUGCCCCAAACUGAACAUCUCCUCUCGAACCUUACUUCUGGUCGAUGGACUUUCCGACCUCCAGCAAAAAGAGCAUGACUUAAUGCAGGUGGGGGUGACUCGAGGAAGGAAGAGAAAUCAUCUCAGACAGCUCGGGCUGGCCAAACUCUUUGAGCCCCUGACCCGGGUCAGUUUACCUCCCAGGGUGUCCCUCACGGUCGGGGUAGCAGGUAUUGGCAAGACGACCUGGGUCCGACACUUCAUCAGACAGUGGAGCCAAGGGGCCAUCUGUACAGACGUGAGCUUCGUCUUGCCUUUCACUUUUUGCGAGCUGAACUCAUUGGAGAAGCUUUCUGCUGAGAGGCUGGUGAAAAUGGCUUUUCCUCAUUUAACAGACACCAGUCUGGUCCUGAACAGCCCUUGUCGCACACUGCUCAUACUUGACGGUUUGGACGAAUUCCGCUGCACUUUAAAUUUCUCAGACGCAGCACCUUGCAACGACCCAAAGAAAGAAGUGUCCAUUGAUGACCUAGUUACUAACAUCAUCCGGGGGAAUCUGCUCCCUGAUGUGGCGGUGUGGGUGACCUCCAGGCCAGGGGUGGCCUCAUUCAUCCCUGGAGGAUUGGUUGACAGGGUGACAGAGAUCCCAGGAUUCUGCCCGAAAGACAUCCAGCUCUUCCUAAACCACCACUUCUCUGAGAGGGAUUUUGCCAGUAAAAUAUGGGCACACUUGGAGUCCCAUAAGAUCUUAAUGGUAAUGUGCUACAUACCAUGCAUUUGCUGGAUAGUAGCUGAUACUCUGAUGUACAUCAUGCAGAACGGAACACAAGAAAGCCUACCUAAGACUUGUACCGAGCUGUACGCUCACUUUUGUUGCAUGAGGGCAGAAGUGGGUGAACCAAGAGGCAGGGAGCCAGUAAAAAUGGAGCACGUCCAGGGCAGCAAUCGUAAACUGCUGGGGAAUCUUGGACGACUGGCGUUUUAUGGGCUCCUCAAGCACAAGUACACCUUCAGUGAGCAGGACCUCAGGGCCAGUGGGGUAGAUCUACUGUUAACUCAGUGCAGUCUUGGAGCUGGAGUUCUCGUUCGGGAGGAGUCAGCCAUACACACAACAUACCGCUUCACUCAUUUGACUCUCCAGGAGUUUCUUGCAGCUACUUUCUACCAGGUCUCCUCCAAGCGGGCCAUCUUUGACUUAUUCUCAGAGAGCACAAUGUCUUGGCCCAAGAUCGGUUUCCAGAACCACUUCAGAAAUGCUUUUCAGCACUCGCAACAAGCCGAAGAUGGUCACUUGGAUGUGUUUGUGCGCUUCCUGACAGGCCUGCUGUCCUCAGCGGCACUGAAACCUCUCACUGGGCUCCUGGCCCUCGGGAAGGAUGAUGGCAAUCAGAAGGCAUGGGCAGCAGGGUUCUUGCAAGGCCUCUUGGACAGCGGCGGUGCUGUUGUGUCCCUGCGCACAGUCAACCUGGCUUAUUGUUUGCAGGAGCUGCAUCAUACAGAGCUGUUGCGAAGCGUAGAGGAAGAUUUACAGCUUGGUAGCCUAGCAGGGAAGUUAUCACGGGCUCACUGCGUUGUGCUGGGCUACCUGCUGCAUGUAUCCCCACAGUGCUGUGAACAGACCAACCUAACAGGCAUUCUGAACUACACAACAGUCAAAUGUUUGCUCCCACAGCUGCUGUACUGCAGCCACCUCAGAUUAGAGAAUAAUCACUUCAAAGAUGAUGUCAUGGAAUUGCUGGGAAGUCUCCUGAGCGCCAAAGACUGUCAUAUCCAGAAGAUGAGUUUGGCAGAGAACGCCAUCAGCAACAAAGGUGCCAAAGCCCUGAGUCGAGCCCUCUUGGUGAACCGGACGCUAAUUUCUCUCAAUCUCCGGAACAACAACAUCGGCUCUAAAGGUGCAAGGUUCCUGGCAGAAGCUCUGAAAAUGAACCAAGUCCUGGUAUCAAUCAACUUCCAGAACAAUGCCAUCGAGGAGGAAGGGGCUCAGGCGCUUGCAGAGGUACUGCAGUGCAACCGCAAACUGGUGUCUCUCAAUAUACAGAAGAACACCAUUGGAGCAGGAGGAGCCAAAAGGAUUGCGGACGCGUUGAAGACGAACCGGACUCUCAUGAAGCUGAUUCUCUGUAGCAACCAGCUUGGGGACAAAGGAACGAUCGCUCUGGCGGAGGCUUUGACGGUCAACCACACGCUGCUCUCGCUUCAACUUCAGAGUAACUCAAUCAGCAACAGAGGGAUGACAGCCUUAACCAAAGCACUUAGGCUGAACCGUGGUCUUGUCUCCUUGAAUUUAAGGGAGAACUCAAUCGGCGUGGAGGGAGCAAAGAACAUGGCCCAUGCCCUCCAUGAGAACAAUUCUCUACAAGACCUCGAUCUCACAGCCAACCUGUUGCAUGAUGAGGGGGUUCAAGCUAUAGCUGGCGCAAUCAAGGUCAAUCAAGGCCUCACCUCUUUGCAUCUCCAGUGGAACUUCAUCAAGUCCUCUGCCACUAAAGCUCUGGCCCAUGCACUCCUCUCCAAUGCCACGAUGCAGCUCUUGGAUCUGCAGGAGAAUGCCAUUGGGAAUGAAGGUGUCAUUUUUCUUGCUGAAGCCCUGAAAACCAACGCGUCCCUGCGCACGCUGUGUCUCCAGGGCGUGUCAGCGGGCACAAGUGGCGCCACUGCUUUGGCUAAAGCUCUGAUGACCAACCAAACCCUGCAAACAUUAGAUCUCCGUGGAAACACUGUAGGGAUGGAGGGAGCCAAGGCUCUGGCCAACGCGCUGAAAAGCAACAGAAGCCUCAAGUCAUUGAAUCUGCAGGAGAACUCUCUGGGCAUGGAUGGAGCCAUAUUCAUUGCAACAGCCUUGAAGGGAAACCACCAGUUGACAUACAUCAAUUUGCAGGGAAACGGCGUUGGAGAAUCUGGAGCAAAGGUCAUAUCUGACGCCAUACGAGCCAAUGCGCCCGGCUGCGUGGUCGACAUCUGACAAGAAAAGGGCAACUCAGACUGAGGAAGGUUACACAUGUAGCACAGAAAUAACAGCAGGCAGUGUAGAGAAAUAGCUGUUAGCUAUGUUAUUUAACUAAACUCUAGCUGUAUAUUGAUACUUGAAUAUCAAUAUUUGGAGAUUGAUAUUUGCCUAUUUAUUGUGAUGUUAAUAUUAAAGUGAAAAAUAAAUAACAAUACACUCUGUCUGCUGAGCGGAGCUGCAUCACCCUUAAGAUGUCCUAUUUAAGAUGUCAUUCUGUACAUUUGCCCAAUUUGCACAAAUUAAUUUGCUGUGUAGAAAUAAAAUGGAUGA